AUGUUGCACACGGGGCGCGGUGCCAUUGCCCAGAUCCACUACACGGGCGAAGAGGCUGCGGGUGAGAUCAACAAGCUCUUAGGUGCAGUUAUCGAGAACGAGGACGACUUUGAGCGAUGGGAAGCCCUUGUUACGCGCGCCUCCGAUCUUGAGGGCGGCGUCACUCGGAACUCCAGCCCUGGUGCCAUUGAACUUGUGCGCAAUGUCUACGACUGCUUCCUCACAAAGUUCCCACUGUUCUUUGGCUACUGGAAGAAAUAUGCCGACCUCGAGUUCUCUAUUGGCGGUACCGAGACUGCCGAGAUGGUGUACGAGCGCGGUGUCUCUUGCGUCACAACCUCAGUGGACUUGUGGGCAAACUAUUGCACCUUCAAGAUGGACACGUCGCAUGAUAACGAUAUUAUUCGAGAAUUGUUUGAGCGUGGUGCCCACUUUGUCGGUCUUGACUACCAGAGCCACCCGUUCUGGGACAAGUACAUUGAAUUUGAGGAUCGCAUCCAAGAGCCAGCGAACGUCACCAAGCUCUACUGCCGAAUUAUGCAUAUGCCCAUCUACCAGUCUUCUCGAUACUAUGAGAAGUAUUGCCUACUACUUGCCGACCGGCCAGUCGAAGAACUAGUCGAUUCUGAUAUGCUUGAGACGUUUAAGAGCGCAGUUCAGCUGGAGAACCAAGGACAACCUGAGAAGCCGGCGCUAGAAAUCGAACGACAGUUGCGCGUCAAGAUCCAUGAAUACUGGUAUGAAGUCUACGGAAAGACCUCGGCGGAUACGACGAAUCGCUGGACUUUCGAAACAGCCAUCAAGAGGGCCUACUUCCACGUCACCGAUCUCGAAGAUGCCGAACUCGAGAACUGGCGCAAGUACUUGGAGUACGAGGAGAAGCAGGGUGGCUUCGAGCGCAUCUCUUUCUUGUACGAGCGCUGUUUGGUUGCGUGUGCGCUGUACGAUGAGUUCUGGCUGCGAUAUGCCCGCUGGAUGUUCUCGCAGGGCAAGGAAGAAAACACGAGGAUCAUCUACAUGAGGGCUAGCUGCAUAUUCGUACCUAUUUCAGCGCCUACCAUACGCCUAAACUGGGCCCGUUUCGAAGAGAAGAUCGGUCGUAUCACUGUCGCUCGCGAUAUCUACCUGGCCAUGCUCGAAGAGGCUCCCGAACAUACCGAGACUCUCAUUGCUUUGGCAGGCUUGGAGCGACGCCACGAGGGCAAUGACGCUGCUAUUCACCUGCUGGAGGAGUACAUCAAACGUUCCAACAACCAGAUCGGUGGUAUCCUAGCUGCAGAACAGGCGCGGAUACUCUGGCAAUGCAAGGGCAGUGUCGAUGAAGCGCGUCAAGUGUUCCAGAACAAGUACGAGCAGUUCCCGGACUCACGAGAGUUUUGGGUCAAGUACCUCGAGUUCGAAGUGGCACAAUCUUCACCCAACCAGGACGAGGCUCAUGCCCGGAUAAAGGCAGUUCACGAGCUUAUGCGCACCACAGGCCGCUUCUCUUCUGACGUCUCGAAAGGACUAUCGCACUACUACAUGUCAUACCUACUCGACCGUGGAGGCAAGGAUGCAGCUGAGGAGUACAUGCAGUUAGAUAAGGAUGUUAAUGGGUAUGUAUUAUCUGCUACCAGCGCUCCCUCCCAAAUUCCCUCCCACAAGAAACGAAAAGGCCAGCCUCACAAUGCAGUAAACAAACGUCAGCGCAAAUGA